CCCCCCACAAACCCUCAAGCCUUAGCCUCCUUUGGUUAUCAUUUCAUUCAAUUCAAACCGCCUAUUUCUCAUUCAGUCGAAAUAAAACCACUGGCUAUCUACUUCUCUUCUACUCUCUCUCUCUCUCUCUCUCUCAUACAUUACACACACAAAAUACAGUUUUGACAUCUUGUCUGAAAACUCUCUUUCCCUUAAAACUUUUUCUCUGUCUCUCAUUCCGACACUUGCUUAGGUUUCAAUCUGAUAUUCCAGGUAAACCUUUCUUUGUACAUAUCAGAAAAACUGAACACCAGCCAUGGCUGCCAACAAGUUUGCAACCAUGUUACACAGAAACACCAACAGAAUCACCCUUGUUCUAGUCUAUGCCAUCCUAGAAUGGAUUCUGAUCAUCCUCCUGCUCCUCAAUUCUCUCUUUUCUUAUCUAAUCAUAAAGUUUGCCGAUUACUUUGGCCUCAAAAGGCCCUGCAUAUGGUGCACCAGAAUCGAUCACAUCAUAGAGUCUGGGAAGAGCAAGACUUCUUGCAGAGAUCUUGUGUGUGAAGCUCAUGCCUCUGAGAUUUCCAAACUGGGGUUCUGCUCCGAUCAUCAAAAACUGGCUGAGUCACAGGACAUGUGCGAGGAUUGCUCCUCCUCAUCCCAACCAGAUUAUUCUCGGAGUUUUCGUUUGUUUCCAUGGAUGAAGCAGAUAGGUGUGAUUCAGGAUGAGGGUGCUGAUGCCGGUGACAAGGCAAUUGAGAAGGUGGAAGAGGCUAUGAGGUGUUCUUGCUGUGGCGUCAACUUGGACAACAGAUUCUACCCUCCUUGCAUUUUGAUCAAGCCUUCUCUCAAUGUUUUGGAGUACGACCAGAAGCCGAAUUUGGUGACAGAACGCGGGGUUGGUGUAGAGAUUGACGAAGAUCAGACCAGAUCGGAUAUUGUGCUUGAUCAUCAUGAGGAUGGACAGGGGAACGAAGAAAACAAGGGAAGCCACACGGUGUUUACGGUUGAUCAGGGUUUGGAUAGAAAAGACGAGGAGGCAGAGAAGAGUUGUGAUUGUUCUGUAUGUGAUGCUAGCGUGGAUAUUCUUUGUGAUGAAAUUUGCAAGUUGGAUUUGGCUGUGGAGAAAGGGAAAGAAUCAAUUGAAGAGGAAAGUUUGAAUACCGGUAAGACUGAGAACGAUGAUCAAGGUUGUGAGAAAUCCACUGCCCAAGUUGAUUGUACCAGAGAGAUAACUGUGGAGACUCCACCCAAACAUCUGGAAUUUUUCAUUCACGGUGAUGAUUGCAGAUUGAUUCCGGUUGAAUUGGUUGAUUCCCCCGCUACAGAAAAUAGGGCUCACAGCAGGUAUAAGGAGGGAGGUGAAGACUUUAUUCUGGACUUUGAUAAGAGUGCUGAUGCAGAAGCUGAACCGGUUGUUGAGAAUUGGCACAUUUCUGGGGAUAUUGUGGCAGAAUUUUCAUUUCAGGAGAAUGAAAAUGUCUUCAAGGAAAACGGGGCUGAAUCGGUCCAGUUAAUCACCAGAGGACAGUCCUCAGUGUUGUCACAAGUAGAACAAGAAAAUUUGGAGCAGAAUUGUGGAGAUGUGAGUUUUUUUCAGAUUGCUGAUGACUUGACCAAGGAUGUGAACAUUGAAGCAAACACAGAAACAAGAGAUGCCGAACAAUGUUCAGAUGCUUCUCUAGCAUCUGAAGAUGAAUCAGAAAUGCAAGGUGAGGAAUAUGAAGCAGAAGUCUCAAUAGGGACUGAAAUUCCUGAACAAGAGCAAGUGGAUGAGUAUCAAAGCCAGGAUGUUCUUUUGGAUACAAAUCAACAAACACAAGAAGAUCCAUCUACCAGCACUGUCAGAUUUAAUCUCCGAGAUGAAAGUGGUGAGGACAAAGGUGAAGAGUUUGUAGAAUUUAAAAUCAUGUCAAUCGAAGUGAGAAUGCCAACAGUAAGUAACCAUUUGCCAUCUCUGUUGGAGCUUAACGAGAAUGAGGAAGAAAAAAUUCCUGACACACCCACUUCUGUGGAGAGUCUACAUCAGCUACACAAGAAAUUGCUUCUUCUUGAGAGGAAAGAAUCAGGAACAGAAGAGUCAUUGGAUGGAAGUGUUGUGAGUGACAUGGAAUGUGGAGAGGUAACCAUGGAAAAGUUAAAAGCAGCAUUGAAAUCUGAGAGGAAAGCUUUGAGCACUCUGUAUGCAGAACUAGAAGAAGAGAGAAGUGCAUCUGCUAUAGCGGCGAAUCAAACAAUGGCGAUGAUAAAUAGGCUUCAGGAAGAGAAAGCAGCAAUGCAGAUGGAAGCCUUGCAGUAUCAGAGAAUGAUGGAAGAGCAAUCUGAGUAUGACCAGGAGGCUUUGCAACUAUUGAAUGAGCUCAUGACGAAGAGGGAGAAAGAGAAGCAAGAGCUAGAAAAGGAGCUUGAAAUAUAUAGAAAAAAGGUUCAUGAAUAUGAGGUAAGAGAAAAGAUGGUGAUGUCAAGAAGAGAUGGUAGCAUGAGAAGCAGAACUUCUUCUCCCUCUUGUAGCAAUGCUGAAGAUAGUGAUGGAUUGUCCAUUGACUUGAAUCAGGAAGCAAAGGAAGAAAACGGGUUUUACAGUCAUCAAGAAUGCAGCAACCAGAACACCCCAGUAGAUGCGGUCUUAUAUUUGGAGGAAUCAUUGGCAAACUUUGAGGAAGAAAGGCUACAAAUUCUAGAACAGCUCAAGGUACUGGAAGAAAAGCUAGUUAUAUUGAAUUAUGAGGAAGAUCACCGGUCAGAUGAUGAUGCUAAAUCAGUAGAACUUUGCGAAGAGAAUGGGAAUGGAUACCAUCAUGAUGGUGAUCACGAAGGACAGGUAAAUGGAUUUGCUAAUGGACAUGCAAAGGAAAUAAAUGGAAAGCAUCAUCAAGGGAGGAAACUCAUGGUUGCAAAAGCGAAGAGGCUUCUCCCACUUUUUGAUGCAAUGAGUUCAGAAGCAGAAGAUGUGGAGUUGAGUGGAGACGAGUUAGAUUUGCCCCACUUGCAGAAUAAUUCAGUUGAAAAGAUUAACAUGGUGAAGAAAAAGGUUGGUUUAGAAGAGGAAGUGGACAAUGUUUACGAGAGACUACAGGUGCUGGAGGCAGACAGAGAGUUUCUAAAGCAUUGUAUCAGCUCCUUGAGAAAAGGGGACAAAGGGUUAGACCUUCUCCAAGAAAUUCUACAACAUCUUCGUGAUCUGAGGAAUGUUGAACUCAGGGUGAGGAACAUCGGAGAUCUUGCCGUGUAAGAACCGUACAAACUCAACCAGAUUGGUUAGAUUGGAGUUAAUGGAGAAGGUGGAAAUGAAGCAUGCAUGAGCACCAGUGUGGUGUACAUACGUAGGAGAGGAGAAGAAUGAAAGCAACAGUGAAAUUUGAAGAAAAAAGUUGAGAGGGAAUUCCCUGAUGGAGAGGGGAGAAUCCUGGAGGAGUUUGUUUUGUGGAAGUAAGCCCAAAUUUUUGGUGGGUUGUGUCCAUCAUGACCUUUUGUGGGAAAAGGAGAAUGAUGAGCAUAUGUGUGUGUAGGGUAGUGAGUUGUAUUUUGUGAGCAUGGACCUGGCUUGCAAAGCUGGAGUGAUCUAAAAAAGAUUCCAGUGCCAGGUAAAAUAGCACUUAGUUUCAUAUAGACAGACAGAAUUAGGGCCACUACUUUUGUCAUUUCUUUCAUUUUUGUUGCUUAGAGUCAAGAUUGGGGUCACUGGCCUCUCUCUUCUCUUCUCUUUUGCAUUCUUGCAUCCUUUGAGUUUGUUUAUUUCUGAGGGGGGAAAUCUGAGUCACUUGUAUACUACAUCAUGUAUUCAUUUGUAAUUAUAUAAAAAAAAAAGUGAGUGUUUGUUUAUA